AUGCAGGAGAAGCAGAGCCAUAAUCAUCAAAUCAAAAAUUGGCUAAAGAGGCUUGAAGAUGUUGUUUAUGAUGCUGAUGACUUGAUGGACGAGUUCAACACUGAGGCUUUGCUACAACAAGGGAUGCUUGGUAGUGAAAUGACCAAGAAGGUACGUACUUUCUUCUCCACCUCAAAUCAACUAGCCUUUCGACACAAGCUGGGCCACAAAAUAAAAGCUAUUAAGGAACGCCUAGCUGUGAUUAGAGACGCUAGACAAUUCCAUUUAGAGGAGAGACAUGAGCAAAGCAGCGUUGUCGCUAGAAGGAGGGAGGAUUCUCACUCGUAUGUUCCUGAAGAAGAAGUUAUUGGGAGAGAUGAAGAUAAAAUAGCGAUCAUGAAAUUCUUGAUGGAUGAAAAAAUUGAGGAGAACGUAGCGGUGAUUUCCAUAGUUGGUACUGGAGGGUUGGGAAAAACUACACUUGCUCAAUUGGUGUAUAAUGAUGAGAUAGUCCAGAAGAACUUUGAUUUAAGAAUGUGGGUGUGUGUCUCAAACGAUUUCACUGUGAGAUUGCUUGUUGAGAAAAUUCUUAAAUUUGCAACUGAUAAGGACCUUAAAAACAUGGAGAUGGAUCAAUUACAAAAGGAACUUCGAAAAGAAAUAAAUGUAAAACGGUAUCUCCUUGUAUUAGAUGAUGUGUGGAAUGAGAAUGAUGGAUUAUGGCUGAGUUUGAAAAUCUUAUUAUCAAAUUGUGCAAAAGGGAGUAGAAUAGUGGUAACUACUCGUAGUACAAGAGUUAGUGAAAUUAUGAGUACAGUGGAGCCAUAUAUAUUAGAGGGAUUAGAUAAAGACAAAUCUUGGUCUUUAUUUGAAAGGAUGGCUUUUAAGCAUGGACAUGAGGCAAACAAUUCUAAUAUUGUGGAGAUUGGAAAGCAGAUUGUUAAAAAAUGUGGAGGGAUUCCUCUUGUUUUAAGGACCAUAGGAAGGAUGUUAUAUUUUAAAAAUUCAGAAACAGAAUGGUUAUCCUUCCUUGAAAUGGAAAUUUCAAGAGUCCCUCAAAAUGACGUUUUACCAACCUUAAAACUUAGCUAUGAUAAUCUCCCAUCUCAUCUGAAACAAUGUUUUGCAUCUUGUCAAUUAUUUCCUAAAGAUUAUGAAAUCAAUGUACAGAUGCUAAUAAAUGUUUGGAUGGCACUUGGAUUUGUUAAGCAAUCAGAUUCAACUAAGUCUUUGGCUGACACAGGUCGUGAGUACUUUAUGGAUUUACUUUGGAGAUCAUUCUUUCAGGAACAUCAUGAGGAUAAAUUUUUAAAUAUAAAAUGUAAAAUCCAUGACCUCAUGCAUGAUCUUGCAACACAAGUAGGAGGAACAAAAUGCAUUUCUUUGCAGCCAAAGAUAAAAAGUAAUUCUGACAAAAGUACUCGUCAUGUGUUGUUUAAUUUUCAUUUAGAUUCAUCAGAACAAAUUCCAACAACAGUUUUUCAAGUCAAUAAGGUUCGGACAAUUCUUUUGCUUGGUCAGUCAUCAAGUACAGUUCAAGGUGGACGAGGUCAAUCAGUUUGUGAUGUACUUCUGUCAAGUUUUAAGCUGGUGCGCAUUUUGGAUCUUCAUAAUCUGGGAAUUAAGGUAGUGCCAAAUUCUAUUGGUAAACUGAGGCAUCUAAGGUAUCUGGAUCUUUCUCAAAAUAAAGGUAUCAAAGCGUUGCCAUAUUCCAUCACCACAUUGUACAAUUUGCAAACAUUGAAACUGUCAAAAUGCAGACAACUCCAAGAGCUACCAAGUGACACAGAGAAACUAGUCAACCUUGUAAAUCUUGAUACUUCAUAUUGCAGCAGUUUGACUCAUAUGCCGAAUGGAUUAGAUCAGUUGACUAAUCUUCAGACACUAACAGAAUUCGUGCUGAAGAGAGACAGCAAAGGAUCUUCUUUAUCUAGACAUAGUGACAGUGGUGAGGUGGGUGAGCUAAGGGACUUGAUGCAAUUAAACAACCUUAGAGGAGAAAUGGUAAUUCGCAAUUUAGGGAAUGAGAAAGAUACCAAGUCUGCGAAUUUAAUGGGAAAACAUCUUCUUUGUGGUUUGCGGUUAAGAUGGGAUAUUGCUGAUGUGGACUAUGAAGCAACACUAGCAGGCCUCCAGCCACACCCAAAUUUGAAGCGGUUAUACCGCUAA